AUGACAGAACUUGAUCUACGGUUAAAAGAACAAUUGAUGGGACAACCACUUGCACAUAAUCUUAUACUUAAAUCUAUUAGUUCACAUAUUAAUACUGAACAUCCAUCGAAAGCUCUGGUGCUUUCUUUACAUGGAAGUACUGGUACAGGAAAGAAUUUCGUUGCUAAACAUAUUGUUGAAAGUCUUUAUCGGAAUGGUUAUAAAAGUAAAUAUGCUCGACUCUAUGUUGCUUCACGUGAUUUUAUGCAUCAUGAUGAAGAACAUCUUCAACAGUAUAAGGACCAUAUAAAACACGACAUUGAAAGAGCAACAAGUGGUUGUCAAUAUGCAACAUUUGUUUUUGAUGAGGUUGAUAAAAUGCCUAUGAAAUUACUCGAAACUAUAUUAUUUUAUAUUGACUUUCAUUCUCCUACUUAUGCACAACCUAUUGAUUUUCGUAAAACAAUAUUUAUAUUUUUAAGUAAUACAGGUGGCAAAGAUAUUAAUGUUAUUGCUCAGAAUAAUCAUUUUGCUUCUAUACAACGUAAAGAUUAUAAUAUAACUGAAUUUCAACGAGCUCUUGCAAAUGCUGCAUUUAGUGAACCAGGUGGAUUAUGGCAUGCAUCAUUAAUUAAUCGACAUUUGGUGACUUUUUUUGUACCAUUUCUUCCACUUGAACGUACUCAUAUUCGUACAUGUAUUCAACGACAACUUCAAUUAGCAUAUAAAAAUGAUCAAUAUGAAUAUACAUUGUCUGAUAAUGAUAUUAUUGAUCAUGUUCUUGAUUUAAUUGAAUUUGCACCACCAGAUUCUUUACUUUAUUCUGUCUCAGGAUGUAAAAAAGUUCAACAAAAACUUGAUUUUAUAUUAGAAAGUCAUCGGAUGAUAAAACCAAAGAAAUCUAUAGAAGAAUUUUGA